AUGUCCGCGCUCCCUCCGCCCCCGGCUGGAAUCAAUCUCCACGAUGACAGGAGGGCAUCCAUCAUGGCAACCUCUAUAGUCACCUGGGUUCUAGCCGUUGCCGCCGUUGUUUUACGCAUUGUAUGCCGCCGCAUGAGGAAGAUGAGGCUGUGGAUAGACGACUGGCUCAUCAUUGCGGCCUUGGUCCCUUCUUGUGCGCAUGUGUUUGGGAUAGGUGUAUACUCCGUGAGCCGUGGCUUAGGCAGACAUGUUUGGGUCGGCCCGCCGGACGCACGAUACGCAUGGGCAAUCGGACUGUUCAUCGCCGAGCUGGGAUACUUCGUCACCAUCACAUGUGUCAAAUUCUCCAUCCUUGCUUUUUACUGGCGCGCAUUCAAAGUUAUGCACUCUGUCAAGAUUCCCAUCUACACCCUAGCCCUGAUUGUCUCGUGCUGGGCUAUUGCUGUUAUCCUCGUUACCAUCUUCCAAUGCCAGCCAACCAGUGCCUGGUGGGAUCGCUUCAGUCCGUCACAUCCUUUGCAGCCAGACCAGUACGACUGCACCGUGGACUCGGUCAAGUUCUUCUAUGGGAAUGCAAUCCCAACUAUCGUCACCGAUGUUCUGAUGCUCGCCUUACCUCUGCCAUAUAUCGCAAAACUGCAGCUCCCCAGGGGCCAAAAAUGGGGCCUUGCGGGCAUCUUCCUCGUCGGGAUCUUCGUCACCAUCGUCUCAAUUGUACGGUUCCACUACUUGAUUGAGGGGAAUCUGACCAGCCCAGACAUUACCUGGAACUUCGUCAAUAUUGCCCUCUGGUCCGUCCUCGAAGCCAACUUAGCCAUCUUCUGCGGUAUGUGUACACCUAAACGGCCUUUGCUGCCGCCGAUUAUUCGCAAAUUUAGCGGCGGCAAGUUCAACCUUUCGUCUGCCACUCCCCCGAAGCAGCAGAAGCAGUCAAGCGGUACACCGAGAAUGAGCCUUCAUCCGAGUGACCAUCCCCGGACUUGGCAGGGGGAUGGCCGAUUCGGCACUUCGACCUGUCAUUCCCGAGCAUAUAGUACCACGCGCGAGACGGACGGACACCCGUUUGUGCGUCUUACAGACAAUGGUUCGGAAGCCAGCGUGCCUGUUAAGGAGUCGCCGGACGGCCCCCAGAUCGAACUCGGAAAUGUCUCUGCAGGAGAACACCUUGCUCAGCCUAACGGCAUAGUCAUUACGCGCGAAUUCCAUCUACAGCACCAAGAUGUGUGA